AGAGCUCGUGUGAUUAUCAGUAGAGUGACGCUCCGGUCUGCGAACAGAGCACCUGUCAGCUGACGGCGUUAAGAGACGGGAGACGCUGAGGCCGACAACAGUCCGGACGUGCAGACGAGAUGAGAGGCUUCUGGCUGAUGUUGGUGCUCGCGGCUGCGGCCGGAGCUGAGAAGCUCUUCAACGGAGAUCAGGUCAUCAGGGUCAACGUGGAGUCUGAGGAGCAGAUACAACUCCUGCAGGCUCUGGAGACUCGAGAGGAGUGGGAGCUGGACUUCUGGCUCCACCCGGUCUCCACUGAGCUCCCUGUCGACAUCCGAGUGCCCCGCUCCAGCGUGAGCUCUGUGACGGAGCAUCUCAGUGCCCACCACAUCCCCUACUCCGUCGUUAUAAACAACCUUCAGGAGCUUCUCGACGAGGAGAAAUCUGCGAUGACGGAGAACCAGAUGAAGGAGCGCAGCAGCAGGAGCUUCAACUUUGGAGCUUAUCAUCGUCUGGAGACGAUCUACAGCUGGAUGGACACGCUGGUGUCUCAGCACCCUAAACUGGUCACCAAGCAGGAAAUCGGGAGAUCGUAUGAGAACAGGCCCAUGUACGUGCUCAAGUUCAGCACGGGAGGAAACAAGCGUCCUGCCAUCUGGAUCGACACAGGUAUCCAUUCCAGAGAGUGGGUGUCUCAGGCUACCGGAGUGUGGACCGCCAACAAGAUUGCCACUGAUUAUGGUACCGACGCCUCCCUGACCUCCCUUCUGAACACCAUGGACAUUUACAUGCUGCUCCUGGCCAACCCCGACGGCUACGCUUACACCCACUCAAAUAACCGUAUGUGGCGUAAGACCCGCUCCAUGAACGCCGGCUCCAAGUGCCGUGGAGUCGAUCCCAACAGGAACUGGGACGCAGGCUUUGGUGGCCCCGGAGCCAGCAGGAACCCCUGCUCUGAUUCCUACCACGGCCCGUCGGCUCACUCUGAGAUUGAGGUGAAGAACGUGGUGAACCUCAUCCAGAGCCACGGCAACUUCAAGUCCUUCAUCUCCGUCCACGCCUACUCCCAGCUGCUCAUGUACCCCUACGGCUACUCCUGCAAGAACAUGCCCGAUCAGCCUGAGCUGGAUUCUGUUGGCAGAGCAGCAGUACAGAAACUCACGUCCCUCUAUGGCACCAGAUACAAGGUUGGAAGCAUCUGCAACAUCAUCUAUCAAGCCAGCGGCGGCAGCAUCGACUGGUCUUACGACGUCGGCAUCAAGUACUCCUUUGCCUUUGAGCUGAGGGACACCGGUCGCUAUGGUUUCAUCCUGCCAGCCAAUCAGAUCAUCCCCACCGCCUCCGAGACCUGGCUGGCUCUGAAACACCUCAUGGAGCACGUCCGGGAUCAUCCUUAUUGAUCACUAUAACCCGUGGAAGAGGGAUGAACUUCAAAAUCAGUUGACACAGAACAAGUUUCUCAUCUUUCUUUGAUGUAUGACA